GGAUCAUUAUCCAUAUUCUUGUUACGCUGAACAAACCAACUAACGACGGAAACAAUUCCAGCGGUUCCAACACUCCAAAAAUCUCAGACAUGGAGUCCGACCCGGAAGAUACCGGAGCUCCAGAAACCCAUCCAAACAAACGGGUCAAAACCCUAGCCAUAAAUUCACCCGAAUCCACCUCAUCCGACAAAGGCAAAUCAAAGCUCGAACUUUCUGAUUCGGAUUCGGGUUCGGGUUCGGAAUCGGAUUGUUGUGGAAUUUGUUUGACUGAAACUGGACAUGGAACCACAAUUAUACGAGGUUUUAUCGAUUGUUGCGACCAUUACUUCUGUUUUGUGUGUAUCAUUGAGUGGUCUAAGGUUGAGUCCAAAUGUCCUAUGUGUAAACGCCGUUUCUCCACCAUCCGUCGCCCGAUAAAACUUCCCGUUUUUCCUGCCGAACGUGUUGUUAAUGUUCCUGUUCGCGAUCAGGUUUGUCAUCACUUUGGAAAUGUAACAACUGGACCGCGGGAUCUCUACGCGGAAGUGCAAUGUAACAUUUGCCACAGCACAGCCGAUGACAGUCUCCUGCUGCUGUGCGACCUUUGUGACAUUGCUUAUCAUACUUACUGUGUUGGCCUUGGUGCUACUGUUCCUGAGGGUGAUUGGUUUUGUGCAGACUGCUCACUUCUGAAGGCUGAACAGGCCCAGAAUGAGACAAAAACUGAUUACUAUACUCAAACUAGUUUCAGUGAUCACCACUCAGCAGAAUCAGCAAGACCUGUAUCUGUAUAUGAUAUUGUACGAGAGUCUUCUGUUGAUGGUGUUGAGGGCGCUCCAACUGGCUCUUUGGUUGCGUCUGGAAGGCAAAAUACUUCUCAAAGAAGCUCAAUUAGGUUGGGUUCGGUAGGACAGAAUGGUGUUGCAGGACGUGCCACUAUGUUCAAUGCCAGAACCCUAGGGCAUUGCCGUAAUGUCCAUGAUAGGAUUCGCACAUUACGUGAACAUUGGAAUGGUUUUCGAAGUGGAUCCUUGACGUUUCCUUCUAGAAAAACGAGUAGUGCUAGUAUUGCUAAACUAAAACCUGUGCGUAGCAGCUGUUCUGGUGAACGGCCUUUAGUUUCUUGCUCGAGUCAACCAAUGACUUCUCAGUCUUCCAAUCAAAAUAGACAGGACAGUAAAGGAUCAAUAGAGGUGGAGAAGGCAUGGAAAAUGUUGGAUAUGGCUAAGGCAAUUGAACGAAAUAGUGACAGGAAUAAAUGUUCCGGUCAGGCCUCAAAACACACAGUUAAGAAGAAUACUAGCUGCAAAGAAGCUGGUGAAUCAAGCUCAAGGUCUAUCUCAGUAAAGAUUGAACAGCAUCGGCCUAGUCAUUCCGAGAGUCAUGUUUGUAAGUUGGACACGAAAUUAAAAGGUGCCUCAGGUGUAUAUAAAGGUUCUUCAACCGCAUGCGGACCAUUGUAUAGUGAACUUGUAUCUUCGAAGGAGUCUCAGACUUCACUUCAGUCAGAUGUCUGUCAUGCGAACAAUAGACUACCACAGGAGAAUAAGUCGUGUGCUGGUGGUCCCACACACUUGAUUUCUUCUAUCAGGUCGGCAUCAAGUGCUACUAUUGUAGACAAAGGAAUCUGUUGUUCCUCCGAUAGCAUUGUGAAUCCUCCUCAGGAGAAACUCAAGAUCGAAAAGAGUGGCAUUAAGAGAAGAGUUGCGGUGGAAUGUGAUGCCAAGACUGAAAUCCAAUCUCUUGUGAAGCUCAACCUGAAAAUCCUGUGCAAAGAUAAAAAGCUCGAAGUUGACACAUUUAAGCAAGUUGCCAGACUAGCCACUCACUCCAUCUUAGCAGCUUGUGGUCUGGAGCACAAAACAUCUGGCAUUUCUUCCGUUCCAGAAUGUGUGUGCGUCCAUGGAGAGGAAGUUAAGGAACUCAAGAGAUCCACUCUAAUGCCUAAAUCGUGCCGAGAAUGUUUCUUUUUGUUUGUAAAGAAUGUGGUGAAUACUAUAAUGCUAGACAACAGCUGAGGAUUGGUACUUCAUUUUUAACAAGGCCAAACAAACUAGAUAGCGACGAUGGCUAGUUUACAACACAAUUAGACACUUUCCUGUACUUGCUUGAGGGACAGGUUAUAAUUGUGCAUUUGUACCAUCGAUAGAUUGGUCAUGGGAUAUUUAUCAUUUAGUGGAUUAUUCUGCAUUCUAUCAUAUUCAUGAAAGCUCAUUUCCGUUGUCAA